AUGGCAAAAUCCAAGCAGUUGACAACUCAAAAGUCCGUCAAACACGUUGUUCCGAAAGUCCGCAAGAAGAAGGCCAAUGGUGAUCCCACAGGAGAUGUUGAAGACUCGGACUCAGACAAAGAAAACAACAAUUGCGUGGGCAUGUCAGGUGAUAUGAAGAAUCCCCGUGUUAUGAUCCAUUGGUCUAAGCCAAACAAUUACCACCUUAUGGAUCAACUGCUUACCCUAAUCAAAGACUCGCCAUUAUGGAAGGCUGUGUUUGGCUUUGACAAGGGUACUUCUGGCUUGGCCAUCGCAACAGGCAAAGGCAAGAGCACCCUGAAGCACUGUGCUGACAUUGCUGUUGCUCUCUUUAUUGACUAUGUGGCCGGUGUGCAGUGGACUUUUGAUGACAUCAAUGUGCUUCAAGGUGUCAUCAAAAAUAGAAUUGGCUCGUUACAAAGCUUGUAUGCUGACAUUCAUGCUCAAUUGGGUGAAAUGGGACACGGUCUUGUUGUCUCAGGAUGUGAAGAUGAACUAAUUGAUGGCAGCCCAGCUGCAAAUGUCUAUGAUGUGAUAAAAACCAAAUUUCCUUGGUAUUGUCGCAUGCAUGAACUCAUGGGCUCGAGCCCUGUCGUCAGUCGAAAGGCUGUGUCUAACAGCAAAUCUGCUGUUGACCUGACCAUCUUGGACCACAACUCCCAAGAUACUUUUGAGGAUGAGUAUGAACAUACUCCAUCAGUAUUUGAUGAGGACGAUGAUCCCCUUCGAAGUCCCCUUACUUCAAGUUCUCCGACCCCUGCUACUCCUCUUAGGGCUACAAUCAUUCUUCUGUCAAAAUGUCUCGCUGAUACACCUACCCACACCAAGUCAGCAUCGAAGAAGCGCAAAUCCAUACACGAUAUGGCCAGAGAGGUUGCUGAUGCUGAGCAUGAGGCCUGUCUCAUCAUGAACAAGAUCAAUUCUAAGGAGUGA